UUACAUUUCCAUCACCUUCUCAUUGCCAUUACCUUCUCUUAACUUCAUAAGCAAGCUUAUUUCAGUGGCAGCAUUCAUAUCCUUUCAUGACAAUCAAUGAGUAGGUCAUAGCUCUACAAAUUAGACUGUGCUCUCUUUGUGGAAAUUAACCAAAUUGCUUCAUCUUGUUAUUCUAUUGUUAUGGAUUCCAUAGAUGGUUGUGUCCUUUCUAUUACUAAGAUACUUGUUGGUGUUUCACUUGAAGUUCAUAGGAGCAAUGAACUUUUAUCUUGGGCAGUGGGUGUUGCUGCACAUCCUAAUGACAUAAUUGUUGCUUUGCAUGUUCUUGUUGACAAGGAUGAGAAGAAGCUUGAGAAGAGUAACCUGCAAAGGGCCAAGACUUCUGUGAUUAACAUGCUCGCAAACUAUGCAAAGAUUUGCCAAGCUAAACAGGUGCAAUUGGAAGCAAAGGUCAGGACCAGCUCUAGCAUAUCGAAAGGCCUAAUUGAGGAAGCAUUAUUGAUCGAGGCAAACUUUCUUCUUGUCGGGGGUGGUUGCUCAAAGAACUCUUCACAAAGGAAAUCAUUUGAGAUCACAAAUUAUUGCUUUAAGCAUGCUCCUGAAGGUUGCUUGGUCAUUGCAAUCGGAAGACAAGGCAUGCCACAAAAUCAAACUGAUAUGGCGUGUGUAACUUGUGAAGGUAAUAAUAACUCUGUAAGCUCAAGAUGGACUGGUAGAGAUGGUAACAAUCUAGUUAAGGCUUUGUUUCCUCUGCAAAAGCCCUUGGGUUCAAAGUUAAGGAAGGAUGACAAAUGCAGUGGAAGGCAUUGUCUUCUUGAGAUCACUGACGAGAAAGGCUCACCAAGAGGUGUUCUAGAGGAGUGCUCUAGUCAUUCAAGUAAUGAGAUCAAUGGAAAGCAUCAUAAUAAUAAUAAUAAUAAGUUCAUGAACAUUUGGAGUAGGUUAUCUACGACAAAGCUCUUGUUUCCUUUCUUUUGUUCCUCUAAUAGAACCGAGGAUGAUAAUCGGUUUUCACUAAGUAAAGAUGGACUAAGACCUUCAUGGAAGUGUUUCAAGUAUGAUGAGAUAUCAAGGGCAACUAUUGACUUCCAUCAGGAUAACAUAGUGGGAAAAGGGGGAUUUGCAGAAGUGUACAAAGGAACCUUAAAUAAUGGGAAAAAUGUUGCGAUAAAGAGGCUUGCUAAAGGCAAUAAUGCAGGUGAGCACAAAGAGAAAAUGUUUCUUAUAGAACUCGGCAUACUUGGGCAUGUUUUCCAUCCAAACACUGCCUAUUUAGUUGGUUGCUGCAUUGAGAAUGGACUAUAUCUGAUCUUUGAUUUCUAUCCAAAUGGAAGCUUGUCUUCAGCUUUGCAUGGAAGAAAUCCUAACAAUCUUGAAUGGCAUUUGAGAUACAAAAUUGCUCUUGGUGUUGCUAGAGGUCUGCAUUAUCUUCACAAAUGUUGCAGAAGACGAAUUAUUCACCGGGACAUCAAGGCAUCAAAUGUACUUCUCGGACCUGAUUUUGAGCCACAGAUUUCUGAUUUUGGAUUAGCAAAAUGGCUUCCAAAGCAAUGGACUCAUCACUCAGUACUUCCAAUUGAAGGCACAUUUGGAUAUCUGGCUCCAGAGUACUUCAUGCAUGGAAUAGUAGAUGAGAAAACAGAUGUUUUUGCCUAUGGAGUUCUUCUCUUGGAGAUAAUCACUGGAAGGAAGCCCAUAGAUUCAUCAAAACAGAGCUUGCUUUUAUGGGCAAAGCCUCUUAUUACACGUGGUAAAAUAGCCCAAAUGGCUGAUCCAAAUCUUAAGGGUAAAUAUGAUAAAGAUCAAUUGGAAAAGUUAGUGCUUGUAGCUUCAUACUGUGUCAGACAAUCAGCAGUUUGGCGUCCAACCAUGAAUGAGGUCUUAGAGCUUCUAAUGGAUGAGGAGGACAUUAAAUGUACAAAAGAAGAGGAUGAAGUAAUGCAAGCAUAACUUAUUUUUUUUAUUGUAAGGGAUGAUAUGAUGUAUGUAGAUCAGCCUGCAAUUAUUCCUAAUGCUUCUCAUAUUGUUUACACUUUGGUUGUAGUUAAUUAUCAAAAAUUUCAAUAAUAAAAUCUCUUG